AUGUCUUUGGAGAAGAAGAUCAAAAAAAUGUUUCAGGCUCCUCGUAAAGGGGAGACCUAUGAGUUAAGAGCAGGUCUUGUAUCACAAUAUGCUUCCGAAAGAAAGGAUUCCAUCAAACAAGUGAUAGCAGCAAUGACCGUUGGUAAAGACGUUAGUGCCUUGUUUCCAGAUGUCUUGAAAAACAUUGCAACCCACGAUUUAAAACAGAAAAAACUAGUUUAUUUAUAUUUGAUGAACUAUGCUAAAACACAUCCAGAAUUAUGUAUUUUAGCUGUGAAUACCUUUGUUCAAGAUACUGAAGAUCCAAAUCCAUUAGUUAGGGCAUUGGCCAUUAGAACAAUGGGGUGUAUCAGAGUUGAUAAGAUGGUUGAUUAUAUGGAGAUUCCAUUGAACAGAACAUUGACUGAUGAAAAUCCAUAUGUUCGUAAAACUGCUGCCAUUUGUGUUGCCAAAUUAUUCGAUUUGAACAGAGAAAUUUGCAUAGAGAAUGGAUUCUUGGAUAAAUUGCAAAAACUAGCAGAAGAUUCAAAUCCAAUGGUUGUCGCCAAUGCCAUUAGUGCAUUGGCUGAAAUUCAUGAAUCAGACCCAAGUCUAAAGGUUUUAGAAAUAACAUCAGACGUUUUGAAAAGAUUCUUGAUGGCUUUGAACGAAUGUACAGAAUGGGGGAGAAUCACGAUAUUAACUGCCUUAUCUGAUUAUGAAACUGCCGAUAAAGAAGAAGCUAGUCAUAUUAUCGAAAGAGUCAUUCCACAAUUGCAACAUUCCAACCCAUCAGUUGUUUUAGCUGCCAUCAAAGUCAUCAUAAACAAUGUUGAAAAAUUGAAAAGUAAUGCAGAUGAAUAUGAACAAAUUUUGAAAAAACUAGCUGCUCCUCUAGUUUCACUAGUUUCCACACCACCAGAAGUUCAAUUUGUUACACUAAGAAACAUUAGAAUCAUUAUAGAAAAAUAUCCAGCCAUAUUGACAAAUUAUUUCAAAGUUUUCUUCGUUAGAUAUAACGACCCAUUAUAUUUGAAACUUGAGAAGAUUGAAAUUAUUGUUAGAUUAGCAAAUGAAAACAACUCAGGAUUAAUAUUAAAUGAAUUGAAAGAGUAUGGAUAUGAAUUUGAUACGGAGUUUGUUAAAAGAGCAGUCAAGGCAAUUGGUCAAGUUGGUAUUAAAUUACCAAAAUAUGCAGCAAAAGCAACUGAAUAUUUGAUUGGAUUGAUCAAUGAAAGAGAAUUAUAUGAUGAAGUUACUAUAGUGUUGAGAGAUGUUUUGAGAGCAUUCCCAAAGAAUUUAGGCUCCACUAUUGUUCCAACUUUAGUGCAAAUUCAAGAUAAUUUGGUUGAUUCAGAAGCAAUCGCUAGUUUUGUAUGGGUGUUGGGUGAAUUUGAUGUUGUUGAUUUUGAGAACAAGUUAAGUGAAUAUGUUGAUGGGUUUAUUGAAUUGGAUCUACAGAUUCAAAGUGCCUUGGUCUAUUCAUUAGUCAAGAUCAAUGUUAAAACUGGUCAAUUGAAAGAGUUGUUGGCCAAGAUUUUCAAUAAUGUUGAUGCCAUUGAAAAUAUUGAGAUACGGGAUCAGAUCUAUUUAUAUUGGAGAAUACUAUCGUUAGAUGAUUCAAGUGAAUUGAAGAAAUUGAUCUUGUUUAAAUUGGAAAAAAUUAACAACACCAUUCCAACUUUCCAACCAGAGUUGUUGGCUUUCUUAUUAAAAGAAUUAUCAACUUUGAACUCUGUCUACUUCACCACUGGUGUAUCAAAAGGUACAAAGACCACUCAAAUCAAAAAGAUCAAAGAUAUACAAUUGACAGUUCAUAACGAAGAGAAUUUGCUUGAUUUUGAUGAUGAUGGAUCUAGCAAUACUGCUAAUGGAGAAGCUCAAGGCGAAUCAAUCAAUAUUCUUGAUGAAUUGAAUGAUUUGUUCAGCUCUAGUACUAUUCAACCACAACAACAACAGCAGCAACAGCAACAAGGUAACAAUAAUAACACCAAUAAUGGUAUAUCAAAAGAUCUUUUGGAUCUCUUUUAAAUACACUAUCAAAAAUAAAACAUGG